AAUUUUUGAAAGAUUCUUCAAAGAAUCUUCAAAUAAAUUUAUCCUAUAAGAAUAACACAUUACUUGGGCUUAUUAGAACUGGUAGAAAUUUCUAUCUUUCACCUGAAUAUUCUAAGAUUUUUGAACAUGAUUUUAGUCAAAACUUUCCUGCAGCUAAUUAUUUUGGAGUUGAAAGAGAAUUUGGAGUAUUACAAAGAUACAAAAUAUAUCAAGAGGAGAAUG